AGUUUAAUCGUAUAGAUUCAGAAGAUUUGUGCAAUGUGAUACUUGAAGAGAUGUACUGGAGGACGGUGUGAAUGUGAUUAUGGAGAUUCAGAAGGUUUAGGGUUACUUGGGCACGGCAUUGUCUCCUUGAUCAGUUCACUUUCUCCAGUACAACAAAGGAUCCAUUCUCUGAAAUGGAAGGGUUCGUUUCCUUUCUCUUUCUUUCUUUGACUUUUUUCAUUAAACGGCAAAGUAAAGCCAUAGAUCCAAAUCCAAAACAAAAUCUGACUCACUCUGCAAAACUCACUUUGAAGUGAGUGAUGAACGAAAAGAGAGCUUUGUUGAGACUAUACAAUCCCCCUUUCGUCAAUAUUAUUUAUGGAGAAAAAGGUUAAGGUAGGCAUUUUCACUGUUGUAACUUUUCUUACAAUAUGUUUUUGAUGAUAGUUCUAUCCCUAAAAUACCUAAGUCUAGGUUUACAAAGGUAUAUACUAGGAAGCAAAAGGGAAGUAAGCCUUAGAAGGUUACUUCUAAUAUAGCUGCUUAGCUGUUAUGCUGAUGUCAGCAAUACAAUUCUGUUAGACAGCUAGCAAUUAGUAUAGAUAGGGAUUUGGUCAUUCAGUUGAGGCAGUUAUCGAGUUGGUUAGGAUUUGGGAGAUUCUGGAUCUCGAAUUCCAGAGGCUAGGGUUUGUGUUGCAUUCCAGUUUCCAUUGUUGUAAUCUCGAGUUCAACCUCAAUUCUUGAGUGUUGAUACUCUGUUUUCUCAAUAAUACCAGUAGUUGAUUCUUGAGUUCAUCAUUGUUGGUAUCAGAGCUCCAUCCAGGAGCUGUGGUACCAUUCUAUGGUUGCUAGUAGAAUGGAGUCUCGUGUUGAUGCAAUCGAGAGACUCAUCGAGUUGAUGAGUCGCGACAGAGAAGAGGAUCGUCGAAUUCGAGAGGAGGAGCGCCGGGAGCGCGCGAUUGAGCGCGAGAGAACUGAGGAGCGGUUUCGCGCAUUGGAGAAGAUUGUGGAGAAUCUUGCUGCGAAGAGUGACGGUGAGAAAGGGAGCGAAGAACGCACAGGGAAACUUCAUCGCAGAACAGGGGAGGAGAAAACGAUCGAAGGAACGGAGAGCGAAGGUGAUGUUCAAGGAGAUACAGUGAAUGAGUUGCGUUCUGAGGUUUCUCACACUGAGCGAUGGAGGAAAUUGGAGAUUCCAGUUUUCCAAGGAGAUGAAGAUGCCUAUAGUUGGAUUCAGAAAUUGGAAAGGUACUUCAAGCUUAAGGGAGCUACUGAAGAAGAAAAGGUCCAAGCAAUUAUGGCUGCAUUCGAUGGAAAAGCACUUAGCUAGUAUCAAUGGUGGGAAACCAGCAACACUGCCACAACUUGGGACAAGUUCAAGGAAGCACUGCUAGCCAGGUUCCAACUUGCAGCAGCUUCAAGUCCUUUUGCAGCAAUCUUGGCACUCAAGCAAGAAGGGGGUGUAGAGGAGUUUGUGGAGAAGUUUGAGAGGUUCGCAGGAAUGCUGAGAGGAGUGGGUGAAGAAAACUUCAUGGACAUGUUUGUCAAUGGCUUAAAGGAGGAGAUUUCAGCAGAAAUCAAGCUCUAUGAACCCGACACACUAGCUGCUAUGGUAAGGAAGGCUUUGAUGGUGUAAAAGA